CAGAAAUGAAAAUUAGUUCAGGAUUCUUCACACUAUGUAGAUGUUGACAUAACUAGCAAUCAUAUUGAUUAGUUAACAUGACCAAGGUUGGAGAGAGCAUUGUAAGGGGGUGUCAGGUCAUGCCUGACUUGUUAAUAAAACAGCAAGGCUAAAAUGAGAGAGAUACAGUUGAAAGAGAACUCAUAGUGGAGGAUCAGAGGGAGAGAAGGAUAGAUUGAGACAAGUAAUCUCCAGUCACAUUUCAAUAAAUGAAGGAGAAAGGGUACAUUUAGGUUAAAAAAAUGCCCCCCCCACCACUGCCUCAGGAAGGAGAGAGACUUAAAAGCAGGAAAAAUAGAUGGCAACAAAGUUUCUUGAUCUGUGAUCACUUUGUGGUGUCAUCUUGCUUCUAGAGCCUUGGAAUUGGCUCUGAAAUUCUUAUUAUGAGGUCACUGUAAGAAUGGUCUUCCAGUAGUCCUGGGAAUGAUGGUUUAGAUCUAGCUUGGUGUGGCUCAUGUGAAUCCAGGAAGAUUUUCCUUUUUUUUUAUUAUCAUGGUCAUGUAGGCAGUUAGCAGUACGUCAUCAGGUCCUCCUCAGCAAGUUAUAGGUGAUGCAACUUGCAAAACAUUCCUGGUACAUAAAACAAGAAGAACAAUAUUUAGGUGUAAUACAAUCAUUGUACCUCUUUAUCAAACAACAAAGUGGCUUCACUCUACUCUCUUUUAUAUGUUCUAAUAUCUUACAUCUAAUAUCGAGUAAAUCAAAGUGUGUAGGAGGAAAUAUGUUUUUUUAUAGUCAUUGCUGUUUCCAAUGGGAGUGCUAAGGUUCAAGAACAUCUUUUUCAGGAGCUUUGUUGGGUCCAAUGCAGUAUCCCAGACAGUGUUCACCUUCCUUCUGAUUCCAUGUUGCUUGGCUCUGGAUUUCAGAGCACCCCCUCUUUUCCCAGAUGUGCCUUUCCUCUGGGCCUGGAAUGCCCCAUCUGAACUUUGUCUUGCAGGGCUGGAUGGGCCAAUAGAUCUGAGCCUCUUCUCUUUAGUAGGAAGCCCUCGAGAAAAUGUCACAGGGCAAAAUAUGACAAUAUUUUAUAAUGAUAGACUUGGCUACUAUCCUUAUAUAGAUAUCACAGGCAGACUUAUACAUGGAGGAAUUCCCCAGAAGGCACCCUUAAAAAAGCAUUUGGACAAAGCCGAGAAAGACAUUGUCUUUUACAUCCCAAAUGAUGAUACCGGGUUGGCUGUCAUUGAUUGGAAAGAAUGGAGGCCCACUUGGGGAAGAAACUGGAAACCUAAACAUGUUUAUAAGAGUGAGUCUAUUGACUUGGUCAGGCAACAAAAUCUACACCUUAAUGACACAGAAGCUACCAACAUAGCCAUAGUUGAAUUUGAAAAAGCAGCAAAGGAUUUCAUGCUAGAGACUUUAAAAUUGGGAAAAUUACUUCGGCCACAUCGCUUAUGGGGUUAUUAUCUUUUUCCUGAUUGUUACAACUAUAAUUAUAAUCAACAAGAUUUCACUGGAGAUUGCUUUGACAUAGAGAAAAUAAGAAAUGAUGCUCUUAGCUGGUUGUGGAACGAAAGCACUGCCCUUUUUCCAUCUAUUUAUUUGAGUAGCAGACUGUCUUCUACACAAGUUGCGCUCUAUGCACGUAAUCGAAUUUAUGAAGCCAUUAGGAUUUCCAAAUUUCUUGAUAUUGCAAGGCCACUUCCAGUUUUUGUAUAUGCCCGACUAGAUUUUUUUGAUCUAAUUUUGAAAUACCUUUCUCAGGAUGACCUGGUGAAUACACUUGGUGAAAGUAUUGCUCUGGGAGCUCUGACUUGUAAUGGGGAGCCCUUUAGUUUACUGCGAAGUGUGAAAACUGAGAGCUUCACCCUUACUCUGAGGAAGAAUGGAUCAGACAUUCUUCAAAGAGUAGGUUAA